AUGGCGGAAGAGGGACCCCAGGUCAAAAUUAGAGAGGCUACCAAGGACAAUGUGGACUUUAUUCUGUCAAAUGUGGAUAUGACAUUAGCAAAUUCGCUGCGGAGAGUGAUGAUCGCAGAGAUUCCUACAUUGGCGAUAGAUUCGGUGGAAAUUGAAACCAACACCACGGUUUUGGCAGACGAGUUUAUUUCGCAUCGUCUGGGACUUAUUCCACUGCAAAGUGCUGAUAUCAAUGAUCUAAUUUACUGCAGAGACUGUUAUUGUGAAGACCAUUGCGACAGAUGCUCCGUGGUUUUGACUUUGCAAGCUCUUGGAGAAAGUGAAUCCACGACCAAUGUGUACGCCAAGGAUUUAGUAAUCGUCAGCAAUCUCAUGGGACGUAAUAUUGGACAUCCAAUCAUACAAGACAAAGAAGCCAACGGAGUACUUAUUUGCAAACUGCGGAAGGGCCAAGAGCUUAAGUUGAAAUGCAUUGCGAAGAAGGGAAUUGCCAAAGAACACGCCAAAUGGUCGCCGGCAUCAGCCAUCGAGUUUGAGUACGACCCAUGGAACAAAUUAAGACACACAGAUUACUGGCACGAAGUAGAUGCCGUUGCGGAAUGGCCGCAAUCUAAAAACUGCGAAUACGAAGAUCCUCCGAAUGAAGAUGACGUGUUCGACUAUAAGGCCAAGCCAUCUACAUUCUACAUGAACGUUGAAUCGGUGGGCUCACUGACAGCAGAUCAAGUCGUCGUAAGAGGCAUGAAAACCUUACAAGAUAAAGUGGCAGACAUUCUCUUCUCAUUGAAGAAAAUGGAUCAAGACAAGGUCAAUUUCGGGGGAACCGCAGGGCUUGCAGAGCAAGACGGCGGUGCGAUGCCUAUGGAGCAGGAAUCGGGUUUUGCUUACGCAGGCGGUGCUGCUCCUUACAAUUAUGCAGAGCCUAGUUCAGGCUUUGACGAUGCAUGGUAA